CGGUCAUUCGAACUUCUGAACGCUUCCGCGGUGCAACUAUUCGCAUCCUGAUCUUCCAGUUCGAACCGGCUUAAAGAAUAGAACUUAACUCUUUUCCUUUUCUUUGUGUUAUUUAUUAUCAUCUUUUUUUCCCACGCGAAUAUAUUAUCCGUAGAACCGAAACUUAAGGAUUGUUUUUGCCUUUGACGAAAUGUGUUUGUGAUGUGUGCAUAAAAAGAAUGACAUCGUAAAAAAAGAUAAUUUUAUUCCCUUUUCGUUCAUUUUUUUUUGUGUUAAUUUUUUUGGUGUUUUCAUCUUUCUAAGAAAAAUGAGUGAACCAACCUUUGCGAGCCAAGAGGAUGCGAUUCGAUAUUAUAGGACCCUCGCUUUAGAAUAUAAAAGAAAGUUCAGCGAUGUCCAGCAGGAAUUGGAAGAAUUCCAGGAGGGUAGUCGGGAUUUAGAAACCGAACUGGAAGCUCAGUUAUCGCAGGCAGAGGCUAAGAACAAGGAGCUCACUUCUACAAACAACCAGCUAAAAGCCGAAUGCGAAAGACUGCAGGCUAAGCUAAAUCAGUGCCAAAACGAGUGCUCCAAUCUGCGUGAAGAGGUACAAGAACUACAACUAGUCAAAGAAGAUCUACAGCAGUACGUGCGGAAGUUGGAACAGAAGAAUGAUGACUUCGAGAGGGCAACCAGGGCGUCCUUAAUGUCUCUGGAAGAUUUCGAGACGAGACUUAAUCAAGCCAUCGAGAGGAAUGCCUUCCUGGAAAACGAACUUGAUGAGAAGGAGAACAUGGCGAUCCUCAUACAAAGACUCAAGGAUGAAGCUAGAGAUUUGAAGCAAGAGUUAUGCGUGAACGAGACACUGAGGAGUUCGGAUCUGCCACAAACUCCUCCUAAGACGCCCGAAUCUGUUAAGGAGUCGAACAAAUUUUUCAACGAAAAUGGAACGCUCAACAGAAUGCGCCUUUCUAGUAAAAAUGGCACUAAUUUCAUGUCCAAUGCUUCUUCCAUUGUGCCACAUUCUGCUUUGAACAUUCUAGGAGAUUUAUUAAAGAAAGUUGGCGUGCUCGAAUCAAAGUUGCAGUCCUGUCGCGAAAGCAUCAAAGACAGUUCCGAGAACACGGGAGAGAAGAGAGUUUCUAUCACUCUGACAUCAUCAAGAGUGCGCCAUGUGAACGGAUCUCCCGUGCCCACUAGCUUGAAGGAUUUUAUUCCCCUGACAGCCUGAUGGGAAGUCCGUGCAAUUAACCGUCCAAGAAGGAGUUGUGCUUCCCAACGAAAUGUCAUGAAAACAGAAAUAGAAUAGAACAAUGCCUAUAAAAAUAUCUGUAGUGACACCUCAUAAGGAAAAGAAAUUUCUUUUGUGAACUUUUUAUGUUCCCGCAAAAAUGGAAAUGAGAUGGACAUUUAGGAUCUCUAUAGCUGGUUAAAAAUGUGACUUGGAGCUUCCAUUCGAAAUCUUUUUUUUUUUUUUUUUUUUUUUCCCGCACAAUGUCACAAAUGCAUUUCUUGUUUUCAAUUUUUUUAAAUCAAUAGCAUGAUUCGAAUAUUUGAAUUUUGUCUCUAUAAUUAAUUAUUCUUGGAACGUUGGGGAUGAAUUCCAGCCUAUUUUAAUAGAGUAAUUAAUCAACAUUUCUUUCAUGUAAUAUAGACAAAUCAAUUCUCGAGGAUUAUCGAAUUGAAUUAUCAUCUUUUAUGAAUCAUAAAGGCAAUCACCACUUUUCUGUUAUGUAUUCGUUAUUAUAUUCCACAAUUGAAGAUGAUGGGUUGGAUUUUCACUGUACCAGAUUCAAAUAAUUCUUAAUUCUUUGUAAAUAAAUCAUACGAUUUUCGAGACAAAAAGUCAUUUUAUUUUAAUAUAACCUUCCUAGACGGUCCAGGCUGUUUCUAAUGAAAGAAAUUCAAAAUUUUGCCCCCCCCCUCUUUUUUUCUAUGAUUAGUAUAAACAGAAAACGACAUAUUUAAAAAAUAUUGAAAGCAUCCUGCAUUUUCUAUUAAUUUAGCUACAUUUUAAUUUAACAUUCACAUAUGGUAUUGUAGCAUGUUUUUGAUAAUAUUAUACAUUUUCUGAAAAUUCCAUUUGUUUCCUCUAUGCAACAAUGUAUUUGUAGAUACAUACUUUUUGCUGCCAUACUGCUUUUUUUUAUUAUUGUAUACUAUAGUAUGUACUCUACAAAUAUAUAGUAAAUUUUCAUAAAAUUCAGUUCCCAAUGACCUCUUGGAUUAAUCCAGUUUAAACUAUAUGUAUCUUCAUGUUUUAAAAUAGUUCCAGAUAAAAUACUCAUUUAUGUAUUUAAUAAAUGAGAGAUUCACAGAAUACUAACAGCUAUACAUUAAAAAUUACCAUUUGGAAUAUCCAUUUUGUCACCAAAAAAGCAAAAUGUCAAAAAGUUUUUAAAAUUUAAUAUUGAUGGCAAAAUAUAUUAAAGAAUUUUUAUCAGUUCAUACAGCUACAUUUUCAGUUCUCAAAUUCAAAAAUGUUGCAUAGUGGUCAGUCAUUUUUUUUUUAAUCAUUAAUCUUUAAUAAUACUAUUUUGUAAUGAUUUAUUAUUUGAAUUUUUUUCAUCUUCAAAUAAAUUCAGAAAAUAAAAUUAAAAAGUAGGAUUUUUCAAUCUGAAAUGGUGAUGCCAAAGUUUAGUGAAUGGCAAAUCUUGCGUAUGUUUAUAUGCAUAAUUAAUUUAUCAUUAGAAGGCCUUACAUAUCAUUCUUGAAAAACAGUAAUAGUGCAAUACUGCAUCUUCAUCACAUUAUUUUCAUAUCAGAUAUCAAAUGUAAGUUUCAUGAGCCAUACUUCAAAAUACAUUUCUUAAAUUUGCUAAAAAUGUGUAUAAUUUGUUUUAUAUAUAAUUGAGAUAAAGUUUGACCAUUACUCUUUUACAUGAAAUUGAAAAAAUUCCUAUAAAUUCAAACAAACCGAGUAUACAUAGAAUAUUUUUUUUUUCCCCUUCUUCUGAAUACUUUGUGUGAUAGCAUUUUCAUUGUUUUCAUAAUAAUAUAAAGAAUAUUGUACUUCUUGUACACUUGGGUGAUGAAAUAUUUUUUAUAUGCACUUUCAAUGAAUGUUUUCAUAUUCAUUUGCUUAUUAUUCUGGGAAAUUUUGAUUUUUCCUUCACAGAAUGCACAUGCAUAUCUGUCAUGGCUUACCAGUUACCAUGCAUACCAGUUUAAUAAUUUUCACAUGUUAAGAUAGUUAGUUUUCAAAGUGGGAUGAGUUCACUUUUGAUGAAAGAAAAUGCUCCAAAAUGAGAUAAUUUAACAUGAACUUUUUUAAUUAUUUCAAAAUUGUUUUCAUAGAUUGAUAAAUUUUAUGUCUCAAAGCAUUAGUGACAAUUUCAAUGACAAUUCAAUAUUUGCUUCUGACCUUAAAUAACUGCUCUGAAGCAAUGCUAAAUAUUUAAGUACAGCUUUAAAAAAUGGAAAAUUGAAAAAUGCCAUAUAUAAAAAGAUAACCCCAGUUUUUGAAAAUAAAACAUUAUGGUUAUAAUUACAUUUUGACUUCAGAAGGAAGAUAUUUUCUAAUAACAAUAUUUAUUAUUUACUUUUAUCUGAAAUCAAUCAAUCAUGGUUAUUUAAAGAAAUUACUGUAAUAACCAGUAAUAAUGUGCAAUAAGCAAGAAAAAGUUCUUCCUUUAUCAUUUAUUUCAAGAGAAAAUUAGUGUUUCUUUUGAAUAACUGUUCCCAUAAAUUUAAUGUUGAUUUUCUCUUCUUAUUACUUUGAAAAGAAAAGUAAAAAACAAUUUGUCUCAAAAUCUAUUAAAAGUGAGUUUAUAUUUUUUACAUGUAAUUGUACCCAUUUUUAAGAGAGCAAUUUAAGAGAAAUGGCCAUUUGUUUAUAGAAAUGUUUUUACUUCCUACUUUCCUAUCUGUUGCAGGUUUUUAAAGGGAAGUGUGCUUUGAACUAUAUAGUUUUCUACAUUAUAUGUGCUGUGUAUUUGAUUUACAGUAUUAAAUAACAAAAAAAUCUU